AUGUUUGACGUGACGGAAAUCAGAAACCCCAUAGAUACAAAAGGCAUUGAGGCUUACUUGACAAACCUCCCUCCUUCAGCUAUAAAAGGCACUGAAGUGCCCAAGUUUCAGGCUCCCUUCAAGAUCGAGCAAUUCAGGUUUGGUCAAUCUAACCCUACCUACUUGAUAACCGAUGGUGCUGGAAAACACUAUGUGUUGAGAAGAAAGCCCUCUCCAAAUCGGAAGCUUGUUUCCAGAUCAGCUCAUGCUAUCGAACGUGAGUUCUACAUUUUGGACGGUGUCGCCAGAUGUAACCAGUCGGUACCUGAGAUAAGAAAGGUGCCAGUCCCAAAGGUCCAUAUCCUCUGUGAGGACGAAUCCGUGACUGAUGCCGUAUUCUACGUCAUGGAGUUCAUUAAUGGCCGUCCUAUCAAGAGACCAGAUUUGCCAGGUAUCCCAGAUUCUCAGAAACAGAGCUACUGGGAGGCCAUUAUGGUGACUAUCUCCGCUAUCCACUCUCUUGACGGCAACGAGCUUGUCAAGUACCUUCCAGCCAACCACUUCCCACAAUUCCAGCCUGAGAAGCUCGCCAAGAACAAGGGUGGACCCAGCUACUUCCAAAGACAGAUCAAGACUCUUGGAGGUGUGGAGCACUUGCAGGCACAGACAGUGGACCCAAUUCCCAAUUUCAAGGAGUUGAUCAAAUACACGGCGGAAAAUGCGCCAAAAGACCCUUCGAAAUUGACCUUGAUUCACGGUGACUGCAAAAUUGACAACUUCCUCUUCCACCCCACCGAACCCAAGAUCAUUGCAGUCUUGGACUGGGAACUCUGCACUUUUGGUCAUCCCCUUUUCGACUUGGCCAACUUGCUCCAGCCAUUCGAAAUGACGAACGAAUUGAACAAUGCCUUCUUCCGUCCCGAGAAGGUGAACAUCGGUAGACAGGUGGCUGGCUCCAAAGAGGCUGUCUUGGACAAGUUGCGCCUUUACCAACAGAAGCUUGGGUACCCUUGGAACGACGAUGUGCCACUGAACAACCCAGUGGACUUGUGGACUGUCGGUGUCAUUUUCGGCAUCUUGAGACUCUGCGUGAUUUCCCAGGGUGUGGCCAUGAGAGUCGCCAAGGGUACUGCUAGUUCUGCCAUUGCUUCAGGCUACCUGAGCUUAUAUGUGCCGCUCUCUGCAUUGGCCAUGGAGAUCAUUGCCAAGACCUCCAAGUUGUAG